UUCAUAAUUAAAAGGUUAAACAGUCGAGUUCACUCAAAAAUGAAUUCUAAAAUUUUAAUUUGUACUUUAAUCAUUUGCAUUAGUGCAGUUUGUGGAUAUACGUUGGGGAAUUCUGAGAAGUAUAUACCUGAUGAUGGUUCACCUAGACUAGCACGACAAGUUUGCAAUAACUGCGUUGUUGGACCUCCAUCACCAGGCUAUAAUAAUAGAAGACCAUCCACAAACUAUCGUACAACUCCAAAACCUCGACCUACUCAACGAAAUUCUCUAAAUCGAGGAUAUUCAACAUCAUCAAGAAGCUCAUAUAGCUCAAGCAGCUAUAACACUAGAGGAGGCUACAACAACAACAACAGAGGCUACCAACAACCAAGUAACGGUUGCAGAUGUUUUGGAAACACCUGCUUUGAUUGCAGUAUCGGAAAGUGAAUUUUGUCAUCGCCUUAAUGAUUCAAAUGUUAAUGAAAAGUUUCAAUAUGUAACACAAAACUUGAUUGUAUAACAGCUUGAAGUUCAUUAUCAAUAAAACACGGAGGCAUUUUGCAUAAAUUUUUUCAACAUUCAUUAUCAUAUUUUCGGCAAACAACUCUGAACCUGUUUUCUGUGUAUAAAUAUUACAAGAAAAUUCAAGAGUGACGAUGUUUGUGGAUGUGACAGUGAAAUUGAUGACAUUGACCCAAAUAUUAUUUCAUAUAUAAAAGAUUCGGUGAAUCUCAAAAAGUCAAGAGUUUUAGUUUACAUUUUAAUCAGUCAUGAAGCUUUAUUUUGUAGUCUUAAUCGUGAUGGCUUGUGUGCUUUUUGAAGUCACAGCACGUCCACAAUUCCCAUCAAUCCCUGGAUUACCCUCAUUUCCAGCAAUCCAACCUAUUAAGAAUCCAGCUCUAUCUGCUAUGGCAAACUUUUUCAAAGGAGUUGGAAAUGGUCUAUUAGCUAUUGGCAAGUAAUCAUCAGGAACAACCAAAUAAAAAGACAAAUUGAGGCAGAACAAUUAGAUUAAAAAAUGGUAAUAUUGCUAAGCUUCUAUAAAAAUACUGCGACUUCAAAUUCAGCUGACCAUAAAAAAAAUUUCAUCAAAGUCUGCAAUUCACAUGCUUACAUCUUCAAAAACUUUCAAAUGAUCCAUAAAAAUUUCACCGAGAUCGAAAUGAUCGAAAUAGAGAAUUGACCUCGAUACUUUCUUGUGUAUAUAAAUGCUUCCGCAAAAACCUUCAGCAGAUUGAGUUGGAAUUUGAAGAUCAAUCAAACAUGAAGUCGUCAGUGGUUUUCUUGUGUGUAUUAUUGAUAGCUGUAAGUUAAGGAU